AUGUCUUCAGUGAGCAGGGGGCAGACCAAAUGCCGCUGCACCAACCUUAUGACUGCCCCAUUGACUUGGUACUGGACGCGAAGCUCCCUGUGGGUCGCCUGUACUCCAUGUCCGAACCGGAGUUGGCCACAUUGCAGGACUUUCUGGACAAGAACCUCGCCCGGGGUUUUAUCCGUCCCUCGUCUUCACCAUUGUCUGCCCCGGUCAUGUUCAUCAAAAAGAAGACUGGGGAUCCGAGACUGUUGCAAUUAUCGUUGCUUGAACGCCAUCACGGUGCGCAACUGUUACCCGCUGCCCCUGAUUCCUGAGUUUUUGGAGCGGCUCUGGGAGGCGACGGUGUUCACGAAACUGGACUUGCGUGGCGCUUAUAACUUGGUCCGAGUCCGGGAGGGGGACGAGUGGAAGACGGCCUUCGGCACCCGGUACGGACAUUUUGAGUACACAGUCAUGUCGUUUGGAUUGACCAAUGCCCCAACAGUCUUCCAGCAAUUUAUGAACGAUAUCUUCCGGGACCUCUUGGAUCAGUUUGUCGUCAUUUACCUGGAUGACAUUUUGAUUUACUCGACUUCUCAGAAGGAUCAUCUGCAGCACCUAUGCCUGGUCAUGCAACGACUCCGGGAGCAUCGUUUGUUCGCAAAACUGGAGAAGUGUCAGUUCUGGCAGACUACCAUCGAGUUCCUGGGGCACUGUACCCACCCUGAAGGAAUUGUGAUGGAGCCGGGCAAGGUAGAGGCAUUGCGCAAUUGGCAACCUCCUCGGUGA